ACGUUCUCUUGGUCGAGAAACGUCAAGAAGAAUCGUAAUUGAAAGAAUUAAAUUUUUCCCGGACAACGCGUUUACGCGAUUUUUUAAUAAAUAUUAUCUUGAUAAGCGAGCCGCCCGCUUACUAUUGAUAACAAGUAAAAACGAUAAAAACAAAAUACAAAUAUGCAAUUUACUUAGAACACUGUUCGUAAUUCAUAUUUCUACGUCGAUUCUGAAUUAUUUUAAAUUUUUAUAAUAUUAGGGUUUUCACUUGCACAUUUUUAAUCGCCUAAUACGCAUUAUGGAGACCUCUGUAGAAUUGGAACCAUUCAUGAAGACCGGUUUCAAACUCUUACGCCGCACCAAAGAUUCAAAUUCUAUUAAACUUUUGUUUAAACAUUUCGAAGACUCCAUACAGGAGUCAUACGGUAGCAAUCGGCGGCCAACAAACGCUGCCAAAAAAUUAUCAAUUCCUACCGCUUUGCUAUCAAAAGAUCUGGGUAUUGAACAAGUAGACUUAGACGACGAAUCAAGCAGUUCAAGUUCCUCUUCCAGUCCGAUUGCAACAACAUCAAAAUCCAUUAUAGAAGUAAGCUCAUCUCCACCGCCCACCAUUACAUUAGAACAGGCCAAAUCUGAUCCUGUCAUAAAUAUUGACUCAGAUUCUGAAUCAGAAACAGAAAAGGUAGAACCGUAUUCCUGUUGUACUUGCAAAGAGAGUUAUGUUGUGAUGGGAAACAGUCUGGUAGAAUGUUUAGAAUGCCAUUCUAUGUACCAUCAAAACUGUCAUAAUCCACCAAUAAUAGAUAUAAACCUUAAUGACCCUCGAAUUGUAUGGUACUGUAUUAACUGUAGACAGAAAGACUCUCAGAAAACUGAGUCGCGUUCAUCGGGAAAGGAAAGCAAGAAAAGCUCUUCCAAAAAUGCUUCUGGAUCCAAAGCAGAAAAAUUAUCUAGCAGUAAAACCUCUCAAGGAACUAAAUCAAGUUCAAGUAAAUCUAAAUCAUCUUCUGCCAACAGCAGCCCUAAACAGUAUCCACCCACUUCAAGUACUAUGAUGUCAGUUAUGGAAAAGAGAGUUCAAAUGAUGAAAAAGAAAGCUGCUAAAAAAACUGAGAAAAAGAAAUAAAAACAUAACAAUUUAUAUUAUAUUUAAAGAAAAAAAAAA